AUGCGUCUUUCUAUAUCGCUGGCACUAGUUGGUCUAUCUUCGACCCAACCAGUCUGGGCAUCACUCAACGACAGGGCCACAUCAUCUAACGUCCCGCCAUAUGUUUUGGAAUAUGGUAAACUAUCAGAUACAUGCAGUUUCGAUAUCAGCUUGCUUAUUCGUUUUACAGCACCUUUGGUCUGGCUUCAUAGCCAGGAAACAUACAUGCCGAGCGAUAUCCAGCAGCAGCUCGACCACACCAGACCCAACGUCAACUGGACAGACCUCGAGGGAGUGGAGUCGCCCCUGACCCUCAACAACCUCGACACGCUCAAUUCUAUGGGUAAUACAAGCGUCUACCUAACAUCCCUAGAGGGCAUCGAAGCCAAUCCACAGCCAGCCUGGUUCCGAGGUAUCAGACCAGACUCGCAGGGGCGAACAGACAAUGGCACAGCGAGUAUCAUAAUUAUGGCAGAUCGAGGCAACGGAACUGUUGAUGCGUUUUACUUUUACUUCUACGCAUUCAACGAAGGCGGCACGGUACUAGGCCUAGAAUUCGGCGACCACAUCGGAGACUGGGAACAUAACAUGAUCCGCUUCGUCAAUGGCACGCCGGACGCAAUAUGGUACAGCCAGCAUGCUAGCGGGCAGGCGUUUACCUACGCCGCCGUCGAAAAGAAGGACAAGCGGCCAUAUGUCUACUCCGCGAAAGGCACGCAUGCGAUCUAUGCAAUUCCAGGACAACACGACCACACCAUCCCAGGCUUCAAUCUCCCUGCAGGGUUUCUGUUGGACUAUACAGACCGUGGCCUGCUGUGGGAUCCCGUGCUCAAUGUCUACAUUUACACUUAUGACGAAACGACAGCUGGGUUCAAUGCUGUGAACUCCAAAGAUCCGGUGGCGUGGUUGGAUUUCAAUGGGAGAUGGGGGGAUGACCAGCCACCCAAUGAGCCCUCUAUCUUCGGUGAGGCUAAGAACGUUGCUGGUCCCAAUGGUCCUAAGUUCAAGGGCUUGGAUAGGGAGUUGGUGUGUCCUUCUAAGCCGUGCUUUGUGCUUCCGUUCAGGAUCUGGUCUGUGGAUGCGACUUCGUGA